AUAAAAGGGAGUCUGGCUGAGACAGGAGGAAUUGGGCAGAAGGCUGUGAAGGGCCUGGGUGGCAGCACCAUGAAGAGCUUCCCGGUGGCUCCCCUAGUUCUCCUGGUUUUCAUCCUGAGUGUCCAUCUCGGAGCUGCCAUACGUGGCAGUGAUGUGGCCAAGUUCUGCUGCUUCCAGUACAGCCACAAGAUCCUUCCCUGGAAAUAUGUGCGUUCCUAUGAAUUCACCAGGAGCAGCUGCUCUCAGCAGGCUGUGAUACUCACUACCAAAAGAGGCAAGAAAGUCUGUGCACAGCCGAAGGAAAAAUGGGUGCAAAGAUACAUUUCUUUACUGAGAGCCCAGCAACAAUUGUGACAGCCAGAUUUCCAGCCCAAGGACGCUGGACCCUGCGUCCAGUGUCUUGGCCCUGCUGCCCUUGACGGAGCCUGGAGAAUU